UAUGAUGGAGUGGUAAAAUGGAGAAAAACAUGGUUAAGGAAAAGAAGUAUGGUCUAAUUUUAUAGUUUAUUAAGGAUAAUUUAAGAAAGGUUAAAAAGAUGGUAAUGGAAAGAUUGUCUUCAAUGAUAAUUCAUAUUAUGAAGGAGAAUUUCUUAGAGAAACUUUUAACUUUAUGUGAAUUACCUUAUCUAAGAUAAAGGAACAUUCUUUUAGAGUGAUAGUAAAAAGUAUAUAGACGAUUGGAGAGAUGGACUUAGAGAUGAUUAAGCAU